AUGAACGCGACCGCCAAUGUUAAAGAAUCGCUCGAGUGGGGUACAAAGAUUGUGGGCGGCGUAAAGCCUGGCGUUGAGGGUGAGCACUUGGGACUCCCAGUCUUCCCUUCCGUGAAAGCAGCCCAAGCAGCAGCUAAGCCUGACGCCUCGGCAAUCUACGUUCCUGGCACGCAAACCGCUCAAGCCAUCGAGGAGGCCAUUGAAGCGGAGAUCCCUUUAGUGGUGGCUGUCGCUGAACACGUUCCGAUCCACGAUAUUCUGCGGAUCCAUUCCAUGCUCAAGACACAAUCCAAGACGCGCCUGGUGGGUGCAAAUGUUCCAGGCAUUAUUUCUGCCAUCGGGAAGUGCCGGAUCGGCUUCCAGCCCCUCCCAUGCUUUGCUCCAGGGAAUAUUGGUAUUGUUGCCAAAUCGGGAACGUUGAGCUACGAAACAGUCGCAUCAACUACCCGAGCCGGACUUGGCCAGAGUCUCUGCAUCAGCAUGGGAGGCGAUGUGCUAGCCGGGACCAACUUUGUAGAUGCUCUGAAGGUCUUUGAAAAUGAUCCUGAUACAGAGGGAAUUAUCCUGGUUGGCGAGAUCGGCGGAACAGCUGAGCUGGAUGCUGCCGAGUGGAUCAAGGAUUACAAAAAGCGAACAGUGAACCCCAAACCGAUCAUGGGACUUGUUGGCGGUCUGGAAGCACCACCUGGUCGCAUUAUGGGCCAUGCCGGUGCCUGGGCAGCACCUGGAGAGCCCGAUGCCCAGACUAAAUAUAAUGCCCUUGCAAAGGCUGGUGUUGUCAUGGUGGACCACCCCGAGAAAUUUGGAAAUGGCAUGAAGGCUCUGCUCAAGAGCAAUCUCAACCCUCCUGGUGUAGGCUCACGAUCUGGAGCCUCUCAGAAACGUGGAAUCCACACUAUAAGACGCGUCACCCACCACAGGAACCCACUCACUACCCAGAAACGAGCCCUUUACAUCAAGCAAUCACAGGCCUUUGAUUUAUUGAAGGAGAACUCGGUUCCUGUCAGCGACAAGACUGCCUCUUCUGACGUGUCUAUUUCCAUCUCCAUUGACCGUACUUCCCUAUCGCCUUGUAUCAUCGCGUCCCCCAGCGCGGAUUCAUACCCGGCCGAGUUCCGCAAAUUCCCAUUCGACUACACAGAGCCCUCUCUGCAGAAAAGCUCCAUCAUUUCCCCUGUUGCUUCCUACCUUGGCCUUCCUUCCUCCACACAUGAUAAGCUUGGUAUUCUAGACGAAGGACUGGAAAUCCGUGGCGCACGCUUUGGCUUCGACGAUGCUGCAUUCCGCAGCUCCAAGCGCCAAGCAGAUAUCCAUGCCUUGCGCGAUACUAGCGAGGAGGUCCCAGAGGAAGUUGAGGCUGAAAAGGAUGGCAUUGUCUAUGUUAAACUCGAGGGCGAAGGUAGCAUCGGUACCCUUGUUAAUGGUGCCGGACUUGCCAUGAACACUGUUGACGCUCUGACAAGCCACGGAGGACAUGUUGCCAAUUUCCUUGACACAGGUGGCAAAGCCACCUCUGAGACAGUCAAAUCGUCAUUUAGAAUCAUUUGCUCUGACCCUCGGGUCAAGGUUAUUUUUGUAAAUAUCUUUGGAGGGUUGACUCGAUGCGAUAUGAUUGCAGAGGGAGUUAUUUUGGCUUUCCGGGACUUGAAUUUGAAGGUUCCUGUCGUAGUACGACUUCGCGGAACCAACGAGGAGCUUGGACAGAAGAUGAUUGCCGAGAGUGGCUUGUCAUUGCAUGCAUUCGACGGGUUCGAAGAUGCGGCGAAGAAGGCUAUAUCCUUGGCCCAGGAGUGA